GGCCGGAGUUUAUACUAAACCUUCGUUGAAAAAAAAAAAAUGAAAAAAAAAUUAAAUAAAUAAAUAAAUAAAAUAACAAUCUGGAAGACGGAUUUUUCGCAAACUUGAAAAAUGUGAAACUUUACUUAGUUUACUUAGUCUCCCCCCUCCCCGCCAAUUUGAGCAACCCUGAAGACGCAAUUUGUUUCUUUCUCUUUCUUUAAUUUACGACGACACUCAACCGUCCCAAUAGUGAGUGUAUUAAAUGUUUAGCGGCCUAUCAGAUGGCUGGGAGAUUUUGUCAAGGACCUUGCUAGGAAAAAGGACCUGCAGGCAUUUUUCUUGGAGAAAAGGAACAGAUUGAAUUGGGUCUAGAACUGUUUUUCUGGUGAUGUUCGUUCCCGCAAAAGAAGUGCUAGUCUGUUGUGUAUAUAACCUCCGAAUCCUUCAGGCGGUACUGGGCCGUCAAGGGACAUGAUUUGGGGGACUUGAGAUAGGAAAGGGGUGUCACGAAGGAUGGUCAUUUUUGAAGUUAACCGCUGUCCAAACACUCAUUCUUUGUUAUUUUCCUCAACGCGGGAGGAACGAUCAAGGAAGAGUUCGAUUAUGGCCUCCAUGAAUUGCAUCUUUGCGCGUUUCUUGAGAGCAACAUCGCCUUUGAGACUAAGCAAUACCUCUUUGACCUUAGUGGGCUGUAAAUUCUCCACAAGUUCUUCAAGAAGUCUACAUUUUUACAACAGUGGAGAAGAGGCUGUGAAAGAAAUUCCACAUGGUGCAAAGUUGCUGGUAGGAGGAUUUGGGCUGUGUGGAAUUCCAGAGAACUUAAUCGAUGGUUUACUUAAGACUGGAGUGAAGAAUUUGACUUGUGUCAGUAACAAUGCAGGGGUUGAUGACUUUGGUCUUGGUUUGCUUCUUAAAACUCAACAGAUAAAACGAAUGAUUUCAUCGUAUGUUGGUGAAAAUGCUGAAUUUGAACGGCAAUACCUCUCUGGAGAACUGGAAGUUGAACUUACACCUCAGGCAAGAGCAUUUAAUAACAGACAGUACAUCAUGGAAGAAGCCAUUACUGGAGACUUCGCUCUCAUAAAAGCUUGGAAAGCUGACAAGGCGGGAAAUCUCACUUUCAGAAAAACAGCUAGGAAUUUUAAUGCACCAAUGGGGAAAGCAGCAAAAUUCACUAUAGCUGAGGUUGAAGAAAUUGUAGAAAAUGGUGAAAUCCCAGAGGAAGAUGUGCAUCUGCCUGGAGUUUAUGUGAAAGGAGUAUUGAAAGGUUCUCAGUAUCAGAAACGAAUCGAGAGGCUAACUUUGACGCUGGAUAAAGAAGAAAAUGGCAAGGCUCCAUCUCCUGGUGCUCAACUCAGAGAGCGAAUUAUAAAAAGGGCUGCUUUAGAGUUUAAAGACGGAAUGUAUGCAAAUCUUGGAAUAGGUAUACCCAUGUUAGCCAGUAAUUAUAUUCCUGAAGGAAUGAGUGUGGUUCUGCAAAGUGAAAACGGAGUUCUUGGCUUGGGCCCUUUUCCAAGACCUGGAGAAGAAGAUGCUGACCUCAUCAAUGCUGGUAAAGAGACAGUGACCGUCCUUCCGGGUAGCGCUUAUUUUUCCAGCGAUGAAUCAUUUGUCAUGAUCAGAGGUGGUCACAUCGAUAUAACAAUCCUGGGAGCCAUGCAAGUUUCACAGUUUGGAGACAUCGCUAACUGGAUGAUCCCAGGGAAGAUGGUGAAAGGAAUGGGUGGAGCUAUGGACCUAGUCUCUAGCGAGUCCAAAGUUAUUGUCACGAUGGAACAUUUGGCGAAGGGAGAUAAACACAAGAUUUUAGAAAAGUGCACGCUUCCUUUGACGGGUACAAACUGUGUGGAUAUGAUCAUAACAGAAAAGUGCGUGUUUGAAGUAAGCAAAGAGAACGGCCUUGUACUUACCGAGUUAUGGCCGGGCGUAUCAAUUCAAGACGUACAAGUCUCCACUGGUUGUUCCUUUGAAGUAAGCGCAGUUACUGUUGUUGUUGUUGUUUUGAUUGAUUUACAGGGGAAGAUGGUGAAAGGAAUGGGUGGAGCUAUGGACCUAGUCUCUAGCGAGUCCAAAGUUAUUGUCACGAUGGAACAUUUGGCGAAGGGAGAUAAACACAAGAUUUUAGAAAAGUGCACGCUUCCUUUGACGGGUACAAACUGUGUGGAUAUGAUCAUAACAGAAAAGUGCGUGUUUGAAGUAAGCAAAGAGAACGGCCUUGUACUUACCGAGUUAUGGCCGGGCGUAUCAAUUCAAGACGUACAAGUCUCCACUGGUUGUUCCUUUGAAGUUUCCUCUGACUUGAAAGAAAUGGAGCAAAUAUCGUAGGAGAUGGAAAUUUGCAAUGAAUUGUAUCAGAUAUAUGUUUAAUUUAAUUUAGAAUAUUGCUCGGUCAAACCUAGGUUGACUCCUUCAAGCCGAGACUCGAGAAAAUGG